AUGAGGGCCUUCGGUCAUAUCAUCUUACUCCUGACCUUCUUCCAUGUUUGUGUGGCCAAGAACAAGUGCUAUUACCCAAAUGGAGUGCAAUCAGACAGCGAUUUCCCCUGCGACCCCAACGCUGAGCAGAGCCCGUGUUGCGGCGGAAGCUUUGGGUCCGUUUGUCUCACCAACAAGCUGUGCAGGGGCCCAGAUGGGAAUCUGAUCAGGGGAUCAUGUACGGCCCAGGACUGGAGCGCUCCCGAAUGCGCCCAUUACUGCCUAGGCGCAACCCGCGGCGGAACCGAUCUCAUCUCAUGCCAAAACGUCACCGGAACCGACACACUCUUCUGCUGCGACCCUGGCCGAGCCUUCUGCUGUAACGACGGCGUGGCCCGGUUCGAGGUGCUCCCCUCCAAACCACAAAUCCUGGCGACCUGGGACAUGAGCGCGAGCCAGUUCGUGGUGGUCCUCAAGACAGCGUCUCCAUCUUCAUCCCUCUCCGUGUCAACAACACUCGCAACAACAACAUGGACCCAAGGGCCCCCAGCCUCCACCUCGUCAGGAGCUGCUGACCAGUCCACCGGCCAAACACAGCAGACGACCUCGAGCGGUAGCAGUGGUGGCCUCCCUGUAGCCGCGCAAGCAGGCAUCGGCGCCGGGGUGGCGGUCCUCGCGAUCUCGCUCGGGAUCAUCGCCUUUCUGCUCUGGAAACUGCGCCAGAGGAACAAGCUGGAGAAGGGAGCAGCUGCCCAUCAUCCAGCAGGAGGACCUCGACUGUACGAGCCCGGGGAUAGGACACUCGGUGGUGAGCCAUGGCAUUAUCCUGCCAGUGGCAGUGGCGAGGGUGUUGCUGCUGCUGGUCUUGUUGGGGUGACGGCGGAGAUGCCCGAGAAAGAACCUCAAGAGAUGCAAGGGUGGGAUCCUCAUAACCCUGCGUACGGGUACGGCUCAAAUCUGCAGCCGGGAGGAAGGGAUGCAGUGGCUAGGGCUGAGUUACCAGUCUCUCCUCGGGAUCGGGCCUUCUGA